CCCAUUCAAUCUCGUUCAUUCACUUCACUCGUCCUCGCCGCCUCAUUGCGAGCGUGACUGUUGCGUUGUGUAGGCGCCACGCGCUCGGUUCCUACACGUUCCGUACGUUUGUCCGCGAACUUUGAAAAAAGAAUGGUCACGGAAUAAAUUUAAAAAAUUAAUAAUAAUAAAAAAAAAAAAAAUGGGCGAGCAAACGUUUACCAUACAGGACGAUAAUCUCGAACAGCAUAUAGUGACGUUAUUCGAAAAGUUGGAGUGUUUACGUAGAGACGCGGGCUCUAACGGCGACGCGGGUCUACCUGGCAGGGUGCCUGCAAGACUGGAAGUGCGGACUUUGUCAUUGUGGAAGGCCGUGGUGGCGGAAUGUGCGGCGUCGUUUCUUUACGUGUUUAUUGUGUGCGGCGCGGCGAGCGGAGCGGGCGUCGGUGCGUCCGCUUCAGCUGUGCUGCUCGCCACCGCUCUCGCUUCCGGCUGUGCCAUCGCGACACUCACGCUGUGCUUCGUUAAUAUAUCUGGUGCCCACGUGAAUCCAGCAGUGUCAGUGGCGUUGUGCGUGCGACGCCGGGUGUCACCGCUGCGCACCGCGCUGUACGUGGCCGCGCAGUGUGGCGGCGCCAUCGCUGGGGCUGCAGCUAUAUACGGCGUAAGCGUGCCGGGAUACGCGGGAAGCCUGUCAGCGUCGCUGCCUGGCGGUGGGGCUGCAGCCUGGGAGCGGCUCGGAGCAGAGCUGGUGCUGUCAGGGCUCGUCGCUGGCGCGUACUUCGCAGCCAUGGAGAGGCGGUGGACAGGCGCCGCGCCCGCACUCCUUGGCGUCGCUUAUUGCGCGGCCAGCUUCGUUUCCAUGCCAUCGUUAAAUCCGGCCAGAUCGCUGGGUCCUUCGUUCGUACUGUCCCGAUGGGAAAGCCACUGGGUUUGCUGGGUCGGCGGUAUAGGUGGGGGGAUCGCUUGCGCUCUACUUCACGAGUGGGGCUCAAGGAGAACCGGCGUAAAUUCGAACUCGCGGGCGUCCUCACCGCGUGACCUGGACGACUUAGACAAACCGGCCUUCCCGACAUCGCACCAUCACUACCGGCACGCGCCUACGUACUGCUCAGCCACAGCGCCCCGGCCAGACAACGCCGAGCCCCUGUACUCUGGCACUAAGUCGCUGUACUGCCGCUCGCCGCCGCCCACCCGCCACACGCUGCACAGGUCAGCAGAAGGAUCAUCUUGUUACACGUCCCAAUCAGUGUACAGCAAAAGCAGCAGCGCGGCAGGCGCGGGCGGGCCGCUGGUGGCAGCUCAGUCGUUGCUGUUGCGGCCGCCGACGCAUGCGCACCCGCACACGCUCACACACACGCACGCCCAACACACGAUGACGCACAAUCAGAACGCGCACAAUGCGCAGCGGGAACCCGCGUACGGCACCGCUGUCAAUGGCGUCAGGCCUGGACCGGCUGGUGCGGCAGUGACUGAACGUCGCGAAUCAGUGUACAGCGCUAGUGUCAGCGCCAGCUCAGGCUCGGGGGCGGCGGCGGCGCGGCGAGGACCCCUACCGUCCGACGACAGCGCAUACGGCAGCGGCACGUACGCGCGGGCACCAUACAGAGCCACCCCAGACCAUUACUAGCGACGACCUUCGCAGCACAAUAUUGCGCUGCUUUUCGAUGUAUAGACUCAUCCAAUGGGUCAUACAUCAUUUGACACUGGUUUACUUACACUGUGAUCUUCUAUAUUUAGCAGUGAAGUGCGAUAUGUGGACUCGAUAUAUGGACUCGAAACAUCUAAUGGGCCACAUUGUAGUUGAUAAUUGUUCACGAACAACUGUAAUCUACGGUUAGCAGUGAAAUGUGGUGCGGGGCGUUUUCAAUAGACGCCAAUUAUUUAGUAUCAACAAAAGUUUACAAACACUGAGACCUUCUGCAUUUACCAGUGAAGUGUAGUGCGCUUCUAUUCGACGGAUAGAAUCGAAUCAUCUAUAUACCCUAUUCGACAAUGGUUCACAAACACUGUGAUCUACGUUUAGCAGUGAAAUUUGAUAACUUAUGUACGAGUAUAAACUCGAAUCAUCUAAUCGAAUAAUCGUCGACGGUUGACUCGAACUGAUUUAAGUUUAGCAAUAAAGUGCAGUGUGCUAUAAUGUAGCAGAAAUUUAAAAUGAUUGAAUUCAUGUGAAGUGAGGAGUAAAGUUUGGACGUAAGUUUAAAAGAGAGUGGUGUUGAAUAAUAUUGUUUGCCAACCAAGACUUUAGGAGCUAUUAGUAGUUUUAAUUGGGUAAGAUUAUACUAGAUUCUAUGAAUCCCGUUGUGCCAUCUUUUCUAUCCUUAUUUUUUAGUUGAGUACUUGCCUUUGACUAUGUUUAAGUUACAUUUUACUCUUUUUUAUAAAUUUACUGUAAUAAUGUAUUUAAUUACAAAAUAUAUAUACAUUCCUAUAUCUACGUUUUAGAAAUAAGAAUACAAUAACUGACCUAUACGUUACCUAAUUAUAAUACCAAAAUGUAAAUUAGACACUGAGAUUGUGUUUAAAGUAGUAUCGUAUUUUAUGACAAUGGGACUGGUUCUUAAAUAUAUAAUAAUUAGGUAUCUAUUUCUAAAAUAAAAUUUUAUACAUUAUCUAAUAUUUGGUAACUUUAAUGACGCUUCAAUAGGUUUUGAUAAUUAAUGCAAUAAUUCGAAAUCCAGCGAUAGAGUAUUUUUUAAACCUUUCAUACUAAUUACCAAUGACGUAUUUAGUUUAGCAGUUUUUAUUAAGGAUUUGGACUGUGGUAAGCUCUGACUCGAUAAAGCUUGAUACGUGACAUUAGUUUUUGUGCAACAAUAAUUUACCAUUUGGCGCCCAACGUGGGACCACUCCUAUAAAAUCCUCCUUUCUUCAAGUAGAUAAUUCAAAUACGUUAACUCUCACUAGAUUUCGGAUUGAGACAUAUAUUUAACAACUUCAUCGGUUUAUUAAUAAUCAAAAAUUUAAUAUCCCAUGAUUACCAAUUACUUACUAAUAGUAACUAAGUAUAUUUGCAAAAUAACCUCAAAGUCAAAAUAUAAUAGUCAGCCAAAUACAUGGCGAGGUGAUCAUACUCGAUUUAUGUUAUAAUCGUUGAAAGACUUACUAGAUUAAGUAGAUUUUCAGUAAUAUUUAAUGUACAUUUAUUAUUUUAUAAUGUGUAAUCUCUACGGUGUUCUUCUUAUGCAGUGGAAUUGGUAUUAUUAUCUGGAAUGAAUUGAUUUUGUCAUAACCACUUUUAUGUUUAUAUACUCCGACAUUUCACACGAGAAUAAAAAUCUAUCUAUGCUCUCGUAUUGCUCAAUCUAUGUACCAAGAAACCCAUUAAGCCAUUUAAACAGUAUUUAAUAGUAAACAUCUUAAAAGAUUUUUACAUUUAUUAUAUUAAAUUAAGAUACCUUUAACCAAGUUAUGAAAUUAAAUUAAUUCGAUCAUUCGCAUUUAUAUUAUAGAUCUAUACUUUAUAUUAUAUACGAUUUCUAUCCUCAUGUUUAUGAAGUUAAUGAAUAAUAGCUAAAAGUUUACUGUUCUGAAAAUCUGGACCACGUUGUUGAUAUAUCUUUGAAUAUUAUAAAAUUAAAGUGUAUUGUAAAGGGAUUUGUAGUUCCAUGCUAUAUAAUAUAUAUAUAAAUUGUAAAUAAAUCUUUUUUAAGUAGAACAUUAGAUAGUGCAAAUGAAAUCUCAUUAACUUUGUUCCAGUACAACUUAUAAUGGUUAUUACUAAUAGAAAAAUUUGGUUAGAAAAAGAAUUUGUAAAAACGACUAUUUGAUAUCAAUUUCAUAAAAUUAUUGUAGGUACUGCCCUUAUUGUUUAAGUAUCAGUUAUUGUAAGAUAUGAGUACCAAAUUUAUUAUUUUGAUAGCUUUAAAUCUUUUUAACUGUUACGAAAAUAUGAGAAAUACGCAGUAAGCGUAUUUUCAUAGAAAUAAAUAUAGUUAUCAAUAAUCGGAGAGUCUAAAUGCCUAACUUAAAAAAAAAAACAGCAUUUUUCAUUGAAAGUAAAGUGCAUAGCACAUAAUUGUGCCAAUAAAUAAGAAACCUUCUAUAGAGACUAAUUAUUACAACAUUAAUACAUUUUGUAAAUAAUGAAACAAUAAAUUAAAUUGCAGUUUUAA